GAGUCCUCUCUCUCUCUCUCUCUCACACACACACACACACACACACACACACACACACAAACUCAGAUUCUGGUAUGGAGCGUAAUACGAAACUGUGAUUCUUCAAUUACGGUGGACUUUUUCCCCCCUCUUAAUUGUCUCUGUUCUUGAGGUUUUUGUGACAAUUUGGUUUUGACAUUGCCAAUUUGGUUUGGUUUAGGGAGUUGGGAGGAUUUUAAGCUCCGAGUUUAUUACAUUUUCAUGGAUGAUAUGGAGUUACAGAGCAUGGUGGGUGAUAGAUCCGUAAAAGAUCAUCUAGCUGUUUAUGAAGAAAAAUUGAGGGCAUCCUGUUCCACAGCCAUAAAUACUAAGUUACUUCAAUAGAACUCCACAUUCAGACAUCGAGUUUGUGUGAAGUUCAGAGGAAAAAGAAAAAGAGGAAGACUACCAAUUUAAUCAGAAAAUAUACGGGGUCCAAGCACAAUCAUUUCUUUAAUGCAAGCUUCACAGCAACACAAAAGAUCAACAAUGUCCAAGACAUUAUACUACCAUCCGGAGCAGAAGGUUGAGGCAUAUUGUUUACCUCAGAUUCAAAUGUUAGACCACCAAUUAUGCAACACUACCAGCAGCGGUGGGAGCCACUUCUCUGUUUGGACUUCCCGAGAACAGUACUGCACUUUGGAAUCGUCCUCAGCAAACGGCAGUUAUACUGUUUACAACUCACCAUCAACUGUCACUUUCUCACCCAACGGGAGCCCCAUGUCCCAGCAAGAUUCUCAUUCAUACCCUCCUGACCAGCGGCAUUCCCCAGACAGUAAUCAUGGUUCUCCUAUAAGCGGUUCCUGCAUAACUGAUGAUGUUAGUGACCUUAGGCACAAGUUGAGAGAAUUAGAAACUGUAAUGCUAGGACCUGAUUCUGAUAUACUCGACUGCUAUAACAGUACCUUACAGGGCAGUAUUGCCUCACCGGAGAUGGACAGCUGGAGACAAAUGAUGGAUGCGAUUCCCAGAGGGGACUUGAAACAGGUUCUCAUUGCCUGCGCCAAAGCCAUAUCAGAUAAUGAUUUGUUGACUGCACAAUGGUUGAUGGCUGAAUUACGGCAGAUGGUGUCAGUUUCAGGUGAACCAAUCCAACGUCUGGGAGCAUACAUGUUGGAAGGGCUUGUUGCGAGACUGGCCUCUUCUGGGAGUUCCAUCUAUAAAUCUUUGAGAUGCAAAGAGCCUGCAAGUGAUGAGCUUCUUUCUUACAUGCACAUUCUGUAUGAGGUUUGUCCUUACUUCAAGUUUGGGUACAUGUCAGCGAAUGGUGCCAUUGCAGAAGCAAUGAAGGAUGAAAAGAGAGUUCACAUCAUUGACUUCCAAAUUGCUCAGGGGAGUCAGUGGAUUACUCUAAUCCAGGCUUUUGCAGCUCGGCCUGGUGGGCCACCCCACAUUUGUAUAACGGGUAUUGAUGAUUCGACUUCUGCUUAUGCUCGUGGAGGAGGACUAAAUAUCGUUGGUCAAAGGCUAUCUAGGCUUGCUGCGCUAUUUAAAGUGCCAUUUGAGUUCCAUGCUGCUGCCAUAUCUGCUUGUGAUGUUCAGCUUGUGAAUCUUAGGAUUCGACCUGGUGAAGCUCUUGCUGUCAAUUUUGCAUUUAUGUUGCAUCACAUGCCAGAUGAAAGUGUCAGCACUCAAAAUCAUCGGGACCGACUGUUGAGGCUGGUUAAGAGCCUGUCUCCCAAGGUGGUGACCCUGGUUGAGCAAGAGUCUAACACAAACACUGCCGCAUUCUUCCCCCGGUUUCUAGAGACACUCAACUAUUAUACGGCCAUGUUUGAAUCGAUUGAUGUGACUCUACCAAGGGAACACAAGGAGCGGAUCAAUGUGGAGCAGCACUGCCUGGCAAGGGAUGUUGUCAAUAUAAUAGCAUGCGAGGGGACUGAGAGGGUGGAACGGCAUGAGCUUCUCGGCAAGUGGAAGUCACGAUUCAGAAUGGCGGGGUUUACUCCUCACCCGUUAAGCUCUUUGGUGAAUGCUACCAUCAAAACGCUGCUAGAAAACUACUGUAACAGAUAUAGGCUUGAAGAGAGAGAUGGAGCUUUAUAUCUUGGUUGGAUGGACAGAGAUCUGGUUGCUUCUUGUGCAUGGAAGUGAAAACGGGGUAUCGAGAUUGACUUUUACUUUAGGAUGAGAAUCAGCAGGCUGAGGUAGAACUUUCAAUUUUUUCUGUUUUCUUAAUGUGUUAGCUAGUAAUAGUUUUACCAGAAUGGUUCCCUCAGCAUUGUACUUCUAUUAAUCAAAAUGAGCUGCUUUCUUCCCCA